GUGUAUUCCCCCAGAGAAGAGGGGGCUCUGCUGGACCCCAUUCAGAGAGCCCUCUACAGGGAUGUCAUGCAGGAGAAGUAUGAGAAUGUGACUUCGCUGGAGUUUCCAGUUUCCAAACCUAAUGUCAUUUUGCAGCUGGAACGAGGGGAAGAGCCGUGGGUCCCAGAUCUCCAAGUCUCUGAGAAAGAAGUGCUCCCGAGAGCUGCCUACACAGGUGAUGGGAUGGUGAGUGAUAACGAGGAGGAGAAACCCCAGCAGGAAGAUGCUGAGCAAGUAGAAGCACAUGGGACAUUAUCAGGAAGAUCCAAAGGGAAUGUUUCCAGGAUUUGUGCACGCCCAGAAAAAGCAAAAGCCUGUGAGACUGAGCAGAGGCCAGAGGAAAACUUCAGUAGCUUCUCAGACCUUAUUUCAAGUGAUAGAAUCAACUUGGAAGACACACGUUACACAUGCCAUGAGUGCGGGAAACGCUUCAAUUGGCACUCACACCUUAUCAUACAUCGUAGAAUCCACACUGGUGAGAGACCUUAUGGAUGCUCUGAGUGUGGGAAAUGCUUCGCUAAUAGUUCAACCCUCAUCUCACAUCAGCGAAUCCACACAGGAGAGAAGCCCUACACAUGCUCAGAGUGCGGGAAAAGCUUCAGUCAGAGCUCUGCCCUUAUCAAACAUCGGAGAAUCCACGCCAGGGAGAAGCCCUACAUGUGCCCUGAGUGCGGGAAAAGCUUCAGUCAGCGCUCACACCUUAUCACACAUCAGAGAAUCGACAUAGGCUGCGGAAUAAUGUCCAUGUUUCGCUCCAGUUCAUCUCGCCCUCUCGUUGGACAAGGGAGAGAGAUGGCUGCAGAGGAGCCACUUCAGGGGCCGGUGACCUUCGAGGAGGUGGCUGUGUAUUUCACCAGGGAAGAGGGGGCUCUGCUGGACCCCACUCAGAGAGCCCUCUACAGGGAUGUCAUGCAGGAGAACUAUGAGAAUGUGACCUCUCUGGGGUUUCCAGUUUCCAAACCUCAUAUAAUCUCCCAGCUGGAACAAGGAGAAGAGCCAUGGGUCCCAGACCUCCAUGGUUCAGAGGAAAGACAGAUCCUGAGAGCUCCCCGCACAGCAGGUGAUGCAAUGGUAGGUGAGAAAGAGGAGCAGAAUUUUCAGCAGGAAAAUGUUGAGCAAGUGGAUAAACACAGAGCAUUUUCGCAAAGAUCGAAAAGGAAUGUGUCCAGGAGUCAUGAGCAGGGAAACUCCUGGGAGAGUCAGCACAGACCAGAAAGAGAGCAGGGAAACCAGCCAGGAGAGAGAAUGGGUAAAUUUAUUUUCUGUUGGGGAACUCAGAAGAGCCGCAAGGAAAUCACAGCACAGCAGGAAAUCCUCAUGGGAAAGAGGAAAAAUACAUGCUGUGAGUGUGGGAAAAGCUUCUCUAGCAGCUCGGCCCUUUCUCAACAUCAGAGAGUCCACACAGGGGAGAGGCCCUAUGAAUGCCGUGAGUGUGGGAAAACCUUCACUCAGAGAUCAGGCCUUUCUGAACAUCAGAGAAUCCACACAGGGGAGAGGCUCUGUGAAUGCCGUGAGUGUGGGAAAACCUUCACUCACAGAUCAGGCCUUUCUCAACAUCAGAGAAUCCACACAGGGGAGAGGCCUUUUGAAUGCCGUGAGUGUGGCAAAACCUUCAGUCAGAGCUCAGUCCUUUCUAAACAUCAGAGAAUCCACACAGGGGAGAGGCCCUAUGAAUGCCGUGUGUGUGGGAAACGCUUCACUGAAAGAUCAACCCUUUCUAAACAUCAGAGAAUCCACACAGGCGAGAGGCCUUUUGAAUGCAGUGAGUGUGGGAAAACCUUCACUCACAGAUCAGGCCUUUCUCAACAUCAGAGAAUCCACACAGGGGAGAGGCCUUUUGAAUGCAGUGAGUGUGGGAAAACCUUCAAUCACAGCUCAGUCCUUUCUAAACAUCAGAGAAUCCACCAGACGGGAGAGACCCUGUGAAUGCCGUGAGUGUGGGGAAAAACUUCAUUCACUGCCCACAGCUUGUUAGCCAUCAGAGAAUCCACACAGGUAUGCGACCCAAUGGAAGCAGUGAAUGUGGGAAAACCUUAUUUUGCCACUGAGCCCAUGUGAGCCAUCAGAGAAUCUGCAAACGCUAUAAAAACCUCUAGGGCUAUCAAUACUUUAAUACUUUUCCUGAUUCCCACAGAGCAACUUUUAAAAGCUGUUUGAACUGCUUGAAGCACCGAUAUCCCUCAGUUUGUCCAGAUGAGUGGCCCAGUUUUGCAUUUUGCAGUUUGACUCUUUGAGGUGGACCCAUUUGUCCUUUUUAUCAACUCCAUUCUCCCAUGAGUAAUUUGAGUGUGUCCUUCUCACAAGAAACAAGGGAGCAUCACAUUUAUACCAUUCCUCCUAUUGCAGAGUUAUUGUUAGAGUCACUAGUGAUGCAGAUUGUAUCAUUGCCAGUUAUUCUCACGUUGCUUUGGGGUUGUGCUGAAGAGCAGUUAUCAUGGGAACUUUCCAAAUUAUAUUUAAAUGAAGAGGAGCAAGGGCAGGAAAAAAAGUGUCAUUUCAGCCUCUGUGAUACUGGAAGGAAAUGUAAAAAGCGGCAGAGUCCUGUGGCACCUUAUAGACUAAAAAACGUUUUGGAGCAUAAGCAAUAUACAAAAACCUAUAGGAGAACACUUCAGUCUCCCUGGACACACAAUCACAGAUUUAAAAAUAGCCAUCCUGCAACAAAAAAACUUCAGACCCACACUUCAAAGAGAAACUGCUGAGCUUCAGUUUAUUUUCAAAUUUGACACCAUCAGCUCAGGAUUAAACAAAGACUGUGAAUGGCUAGCCAAUUACAAAGGCAGUUUCUCCUCCCUUGGUGUUCACACCUCCACUGCUGUAAGAGAGCCUCAUCCUCCCUGAUUGAAAUAACUUUGUUAUCUCUAGCCUGAUUCGUGCUUGCAUAUUUAUACCUGCCUCUGGAAAUUUCCACUACAUGCAUCUGAUGAAGUGGGGAUUCACCCACAAAAGCUUAUGUGCCAAUAUAUCUGUUAGUCUGCAAGGUGCCACAGGACUCUUUGUCACGUUGUACAGAGCUGGACUAAGACAGCUACCCCUCUGAUACCUGGAAGGAGAUGGGGUGACUCAGAGAUUCCCUCCUUCCCCAUCACGGCAGAACUGUUACCUUUUGUCUGAGCCAGGCAGAGUUUAUCGUCAUCACAUUCUACCCCUCCACUUCUCAAAGUGUCAUGUGAUGAAGUGUUCUCAGUUGUCCGUGCUUGGAGAUGAUGCUUUGACUUAUUUAAUCCUAUGCCAGAGUCGCUAUGACUGGAGAUGAAAGUAUCAAAGGGCUGGAAGGGGAAUUCAAAUGGAUCCUAAAUACAGUGUGAUCAUUUGGAGUUUAAAUCGCAGGUUCCAUCUAUUGGUAAAGCCAAUUCUGCAAGGUGGCUGCUUUUUCCCCAUUAUGGGAAUGCUAGGAUACUAAACAUGUUGUAAAUAACAUAACUGACUAUUGAGACAGUGCUCAUUGAAAUAUGUUUGAAUGGAUUAGAGGAGAAUGUGAUGGGAGAAUCUCUUGUCCUGAUUCUAAAUAAUUAGAUGUAGCCUGCUCUGGAAUUUCAAUUUACACUUCAUUGUCAUGUAUUCUAUCUCUCUGUGAUCUGGGUUUCUAUCUUUCUUGAUGGCUCUGUGGUCACACAGUUAGAUAUUAGUUCAGCUCAGAUUUAUUGGAGAAUUGAAGACAAAUGAGCAUUUGCUAAAGUCAUCAUUUCUCACUUCAGCUUUGCUUUUCCCCAUCCUUCCAUGAUGACAUGGAGAAAUUUCAAGUGCAGUUCUGUCAACAGGAGAGAACUCUCCAAUUUACUGCACAUACUAACAAAGACACAGCAGUGAUUUAAAAUCUCCACUUGGAAAUGGGGAACAACAGCAGACCCCCCAGUAACUGAGGGAAGUGCAUAUGAGCACAGCAUAGUUCAAUUGUUUAAAUCAAUAUUGUCUCAGAUGGCUAUGUUGGCAGGAGAAGCUCUCCUGCUGACAUAGCGCUAUCUACACAGGGAUUAGAGCUGUGUAACUACGUUGCUCAGCUGUCUCGAUUUUUCACAUCCCUGAGCAAUAAUUAUACCAAUAAAUGUCUGUAGUGAAGACUAGA